UCAUUUAUCAUUUAUACUCAAUUAUGCUUCUCUCUUCUGCUUCAUAAACCAGGACUGCAGUUGUGUUAUCGGGCGUGCAGAGUCGAUCUACUGGUUUUGAACCAGAUUUCAAUAAUGAUUUUGGCUGCUCUUCUAACUUCAGUUGGAAUUAAUCUUGGCCUAUGUUUUAUAUUCUUGACCCUGUACUCCAUAUUAAGGAAGCAGCCCGGUAAUAUUGCUGUCUAUGCACCGCUCCUAAUUUCUGAAGGAAAACAUCAAGAGGGUCAUCAUUUUAACUUGGAAAGUCUGUUACCUACUGCUGGUUGGGUGAGAAGAGCAUGGGAGCCCUCUGAAGACGAAUUUUUAUCAACUGCGGGAUUAGAUGCUUUUGUCUUCAUGCGUAUCUUUGUCUUCAGUUUAAAAGUAUUUACUUUUGGUUCAAUAGUUGGUAUAUUCUUUCUGCUUCCAAUUAACUAUAUGGGGACUCAGCUUCGUGAUAACUCUGAUUUUCAAAAGAAGUCUCUGGAUGCCUUCAGCAUUUCUAACGUGAACAAUGGCUCAAACAGGUUAUGGAUCCAUUUUUGCGCUGCAUAUGUUUUCACGGGAGGUGUUUGCAUUCUUCUUUAUCAUGAGUAUGCAUAUAUUUCAUCAAAAAGAAUUGCUUGCUUUUAUUCAUCCAAGCCGGAGCCUCAUCAAUUUACUAUAUUAGUACGGGGUAUUCCUGUUCCGCUGGGAAGCACUUGUAAUGAUGCGGUUGAGCGCUUCUUUCUGGAGUAUCACCCUUCUACUUAUCUUUCGCAUUCGGUUGUCCGUCGAAGCAGCAAACUUCAAAUUCUAACUACUGAUGCAGAGAGACUCUACAAAAGGCUUACCAAACUGAAACAUAAAGAUAACACAACUUCCAGACAUAGGCGUGAUGGAUGUUUUGGACUUUUUGGACAUAAAGUUGAUACUCUAGAUCAUUAUGAAAAAACAUUGGGAGACAUUGCUGAUAAUGUGAGAAUAGAACAGUCUUCAAUGUCAUUGGGAGGAAAGGAAGUCCCAGCUGCUUUUGUCUCAUUUAAGUCACGAUUUGGUGCUGCAAUAGCUUUAAACAUUCAAGAAGGUGUCAAUCCUACAGACUGGAUUACUGAGCAAGCUCCAGAGCCUCAUGAUGUUUAUUGGCCUUUCUUUUCUGUCACGUUCAUCAAAAGAUGGAUCAGCAAGCUGGUGGCUUUUGUUGCUUGCAAUGCUCUUACAAUUCUAUUUUUGAUCCCAGUUGCAUUAGUACAAGGUCUUACCCAUCUUGAUCAGUUGGAAACCAUGUUCCCAUCUCUAAGAGGCAUACUAAGACUGGCAGUUGUGAGCCAAGUUAUAACAGGAUACCUUCCGAUUCAGAUUCUUCAAGUGUUUCUAUCCUUUGUGCCACCUAUUAUGAUUAUGCUUUCAUCCUUGCAAGGACACAUCUCAUGGAGUCAGAUACAAAAAAGUGCGUGCAGUAAAGUAUUAUGGUUUACCAUUUGGAACAUUUUCUUUGCAAAUGUACUAUCAGGGUCAGCUCUCUAUCGAUUGAAUUACUUUCUUGAACCCAAAGAGUUCCCCAGAGUACUAGCUGAAGCCGUGCCGGUACAGGCGUCAUUCUUCAUUGCAUAUGUUGUGACAUUCGGAUGGACUAACAUAGCAUCUGAACUCUUUCAAUUGAUUCCACUUGCUUACAAUUAUAUAAAUAGAACUUUUAUUGGAGAUGGUGAUGAUGAUUUUGAGGCACCAUCAAUUCCUUACCACAGCGAAAUUCCCAGGAUUCUUUUCUUUGGUCUUCUUGGUGUAACAUACGUCAUCCUUGCUCCUCUGAUAUUGCCAUUUCUCUUGGUAUACUUUUGUUUGGGGUACAUCAUUUACCGCAACCAGUUAUUAAACGUUUAUGUGCCCAAGUACCAAACUGGAGGAGAGUUUUGGCCAACAGUGCACAACUACACAAUUUUUUCAUUGAUACUGAUGCAUAUUAUAGUAAUUGGGAUAUUUGGACUGAAGAAGCUUCCACUAGCAUCUGGCUUGACUCUUCCACUUCCUAUUGUCACACUUCUAUUCAAUGAGUACUGCCAGAAACGGUUCUUUCCUAUAUUCAGAGCUUAUCCUGCGGAAUGUUUGAUCAAGAAGGACAGAGAAGACCAAAAUGAUCCUGCAAUGUCUGAAUUUUAUGAUAAGUUGACCAAUGCAUAUAAUGAUCCAGCUCUGAUGCCAAUCAAAUAUCCCGGAGGGUUUAGUAGUGGCAGGUCUCCUCUACUUCAGAGGCCAGAAGUUUAAGAUUCCAAUUAGUUCCCUAUGGCUUUGCUUGUAACUUGUAGAGUUCAAAACUAACAAUCUGAAGAGUUCAGCGGAUGGUUUGUGAUGCUUAUACUGAUCUUCAAGGCUUCAACUUAUGACUUUCUUUCAAAUUUUGUUUUUGACAGUCCAGGGUGCUGCAUAUCUGUUGUUUUUUUUCUUGUAAGCCGUUAGAGUUGAGAAUUUAUACAUGUAAUGCUUUACUCACUAAUUUAUUUAGAGUGAGGCCUCUAAAUAUUUGUUGAAGACAAAACUGUUUAGAAGUUUCUGAUGAAACCAAUGGAUGAAACUUGGAAACAGGUUUUGAUGUA